AUUGUGUCGUCGCUGCUCAUCCUUCCAAUCCAGUCCCCGUCCUGCUUACGACGGGGUGAGAGGGCGUCUUCGCAUGCACAUGCUGCAUAUAUGUGCCCUCAGGUACUGGAUGCCAUUGAUUUUGCGUACUCCGUAUACAGAAAUAAAGUAGGACGAAACUGAGAGGAAACUGACAUGGCCAAACAUGAGCGGACGGGGUAUAUCCGUACCUGCAAGGCGCCGCGACCGCCUGGGCCUGGACGCGGACCUACGUGUAAGGUCGUCUCCCGCGUGGACUUGAAGAAAAGAGAUCAGAAGUGGCAGGAUUGUCUGCAUGGCCAUUCAUGUUGCCCUUUGACGACGGAUUGCCGGGAUGGGCAUUUCGAGAAACAUCAUUGGAAGCCUAAAAGAGGGAAUCAUAGCAGAAGAAGUUGGAUGUAUGGAGGAGGGGAAGGCGGCGCAGUUUCGUUAAUGGUGUGUUGCUGUCUUGCUUCUGGAGUCAUGAUAAGAUCGUUUCUCACAUCAUGGAUAUGUGUGUCUGUGGGCCAUGACGAGCGGCCUCGUCAAAGAGGGCGAAAGGAGGCAUCCAAUUUCACAUGCUUUGAUUUUGAUCAUAAAAAAUGGAUACACAUCUCAGCUAGCCGGGUGCUGGCGGUGGUUCGACAAAGUUGUUGAUGACGGUUCAAUUCUGACGACGGUGACCAAGACGAAGAUGCAGAUUAAGAAGACGGAUGAGUCAGGUGUGUCCAUAAUUAUAAUAUUGAUUUAAAUUACGAC